GUCUUGUUGUAGAACUUAGAAGGCGAGAGGGAGAGAGCUAUAAAGAGAGAAAAAUCCCAUUCUUCUUCGUGUCUUCUCUCUUUCCUCGGAAGGAUCGAGCCAUUACAAGAGUCUCUCUGGCUUUCAAAGUCAUAGGCUCAUAGCAAGUAAUGGAAGGGAGAUUGGCUAAUAUGUGGAGGUUGACUGUGAACGAAAGUAAGUUCGUGGAAACUGCGUUGCAGUCUGAGCUCAGAGUCGAUGGUCGUGGUCUUUAUGAUUACCGCAAGCUUACUAUUAAGUUUGGAAAAGAGUAUGGUAGCUCAGAAGUUCAACUUGGUCAUACUCAUGUGAUGGGUUUUGUGACUGCUCAGUUGGUACAACCUUACAAAGACAGACCUAAUGAAGGAUCUCUCUCUAUCUUCACGGAGUUUUCUCCUAUGGCUGAUCCAUCGUUUGAGCCUGGCCGUCCUGGCGAGUAUGCAGUGGAGCUGGGCCGUAUUAUAGACCGUGGUCUAAGAGAAAGCCGUGCGGUUGAUACAGAGUCACUCUGCGUUCUAGCUGGAAAGAAGGUCUGGUCUGUUCGCAUUGAUCUUCACAUUUUGGACAAUGGAGGGAACUUGGUUGAUGCUGCAAAUAUUGCUGCGUUAGCAGCGCUUAUGACGUUUAGGAGACCAGACUGCACUGUAGGAGGGGAAAACAGUCAAGAAGUUAUCAUACAUUCACUAGAGGAACGGGAGCCACUACCACUGAUAAUACACCAUCUCCCCAUAGCCUUUACGUUUGGAUUUUUCAACAAAGGCAACAUCGUGGUGAUGGACCCAACUUAUGUUGAAGAAGAGGUUAUGUGUGGGAGAAUGACUGUGACAGUCAAUGCCAAUGGUGAUAUAUGCGCAAUCCAAAAACCGGGAGAAGAAGGUGUGAACCAUAGUGUAAUCCUUCAUUGCUUACGUCUUGCUUCUUCAAGAGCUGCUGCAACAACAAAGAUUAUUAGAGAAGAGGUUGAAGCAUAUAACCGUGAGAAGAACUUACAGAAGGUGAAGCGACAUCCUACUUUGGCUAAAUCUGAAGUUUCUGGACCUAUUGUAGUUGUGAAGGAGGGACAUAAGAAGUCUUCAGAUGAGGAUAAAUCUGCAGAGAUGUCUCAGGAACAUGUCGAAUUGAAAACCAGCAAGGAACAGGAAGCUGUUGCCUCUCCUGCCACUUCCAAAGGAACUGAAACUCGUUCUGUUUCUUCUAAUCCAGCGAUCAAGGGAAAGACAAACGACUCUGGGCAUGCGCAGAAAGAAGUAACCGGAGAUGUAGAGAUGAAAGAUACACCUAAGGUUACAAAACACAAGGAUGGAGAGAAGACACUCAAAGAUGCUGUCAAGCCUAAGAAGAAGAAGAGGAAAAACAAAAGCAGUUGAAAGAAGUUUGAUGUUAGCACUUUAUUAUAAUAGAAAGAGCACAAAGCAAUGUGUUUAGAACUUCAUUAUAUAGUUAUUUGUUUCUUAUU